CGUCACGUGCGCAGGUCGCCGGGGGAUGUCGUCAGUCAGCGGCCCCCUCGGGCUCGGCGGCAUGACGUCCCCGUCUCGCGAGAGCUCGGCCCCACAAACCGCCCCGUGAGCCUUUGCGGCCCCUCUUUGCAGCCGGCGCCGCUCGGGAUGGGUAUCUCUAGGGACAACUGGCACAAGCGUCGCAAGACUGGGGGCAAAAGGAAGCCCUACCAUAAGAAGAGGAAGUAUGAGUUGGGGCGACCUCCCGCCAACACCAAGAUUGGCCCACGCCGAAUUCACACAGUGAGGGUUCGUGGUGGUAACAAGAAAUAUCGUGCUCUGCGCUUGGAUGUGGGCAACUUCUCUUGGGGCUCUGAAUGCUGCACCCGCAAGACCAGAAUCAUUGAUGUGGUCUACAAUGCUUCCAACAAUGAGCUGGUGCGGACAAAGACCCUGGUGAAGAACUGCAUCGUUCUCAUUGACAGUACCCCGUACCGACAGUGGUAUGAAGCCCACUAUGCCUUGCCCCUCGGACGCAAGAAGGGCGCUAAACUGACUCCUGAAGAGGAGGAAAUCUUAAACAAAAAGCGUUCAAAGAAGAUCCAGAAGAAAUAUGACGAGCGGAAGAAGAACGCCAAGAUCAGCAGCCUCCUGGAGGAGCAGUUCCAGCAGGGAAAGCUGCUUGCUUGCAUCGCCUCCAGACCUGGACAGUGUGGCCGAGCAGACGGCUAUAUUCUGGAAGGCAAGGAACUAGAAUUCUACCUGAGGAAGAUCAAGGCCAGGAAAGGCAAAUGAAUGUACGAUAUGCAACUAAAAGACCGAAUAAAAACCCCCGAGUCUUGUUAUAAAA